AUGGCUAAAGAUAAGCCGCUUGAGGUUCUAAACAAGCUAGACUUAGCAAAAACUCAACUAUACCACUUCAAAGCGGUGAUAAUUUCCGGCAUGGGUUUUUUCACCGAUGCCUACGAUCUUUUCUGCAUCUCUCUGGUCACCAAGCUCCUUGGCCGGAUAUAUUACCAUGUUGAUGGCUCGCCAAAGCCUGGAACUUUGCCGCCUAACGUAGCUGCUGCUGUUAAUGGGGUUGCCCUUUGCGGAACCCUAGCUGGACAACUUUUCUUCGGAUGGCUUGGAGACAAGCUAGGAAGGAAACGAGUUUAUGGCAUAACCCUGAUGCUUAUGAUGAUCUGUUCUGUUGCCUCGGGCCUUUCUUUUGGUAGAUCUCCUAAGACUGUGAUGGGAACCCUGUGUUUUUUCAGGUUUUGGCUUGGUUUUGGUAUUGGUGGGGACUAUCCGUUGUCUGCUACAAUAAUGGCUGAGUAUUCUAACAAGAAAACUCGCGGGGCUUUUAUUGCAGCAGUUUUUGCAAUGCAAGGGUUUGGGAUUCUUGCUGGGGGAUCUGUGGCUAUAGUUGUCACAUCAAUCUUCCGGGCAAUUUACAAAUCUCCAGCUUAUGCAGUGGAUCCGCUUGGUUCAACAGUGCCACAAGCUGACUAUGUAUGGAGGAUUAUUCUCAUGUUUGGCGCUUUGCCAGGUGCUUUGACAUAUUAUUGGCGGAUGAAGUUGCCAGAGACACCUCGUUACACUGCUUUAGUUGCCCAAGAUGAAGAGAAAGCUCUUGGAGAUAUAUCAAAGGUUCUGAACGUAGAAGUACAGGCAGAGAAGGAGACAGCUGAGCAAAAGGUUAUUCAGAAAGGAAACUCUUUCGGGUUAUUUUCGAAAGAAUUUCUUCAUCGACAUGGAUUGCACUUGUUGGGGACAGCGAGCACUUGGUUUUUGUUAGAUAUUGCUUACUAUAGCCAGAAUCUGUUUCAAAAGGAUAUUUUUAGUGCUGUAGGUUGGCUUCCAGCAGCAAAAACCAUGAGCGCACUGGACGAGCUGUACAAGAUUGCUAGAGCUCAAACACUGAUUGCACUCUGCGGCACAGUUCCUGGAUAUUGGUUGACAGUGCUCCUAAUUGAUUACAUUGGCCGUUUCACAAUUCAAUUGAUUGGAUUUUUCUUCAUGACUGUCUUCAUGUUUGCACUGGCCAUUCCUUAUCAUCACUGGACUCUGAAAGAAAACAACGUUGGUUUUGUUGUAAUGUACGGACUCACAUUCUUUUUUGCCAAUUUUGGGCCCAAUAGUACCGCUUUUGUAGUGCCAGCAGAGAUCUUUCCGGCCAGGUUCCGGUCCACUUGCCAUGGUAUUUCUGCUGCUGCAGGGAAGGCUGGUGCCAUGGUUGGGGCUUUUGGCUUCUUGUAUGCAUCACAGAAUCAGGACAAGUCUAAGGCUGAUCCAGGCUUUCCGGCUGGAAUUGGAAUGAGAAAUUCUCUCAUGGUGCUAGGCGUGAUUAAUGUUUUUGGAUUGUUUUUAACAUUCUUAGUGCCAGAGCCGAAGGGAAGAUCGUUAGAGGAGAUUUCAGGGGAGAAUGAAGAAGGUAAUCAAGAACAAUCCAGGACUGGAGCUCAAACUGUCUAG